AUGAAAUCAAAAAAAUCUAAUCAAAGUAUAACCAAAUCAAAAAGGCUACCUCAUAAAGAAUCACAAGUAAAUUUAAAAGAUCAAAAUAAAGAUAGGAGUAAUAGUAAUACAACCAUAAAAUCAACACCUACUUUAAAAGUAGUACUACUAGGAGAUCUGGGGGUUGGUAAAACUUGUUUAAGAUCACAAUUUAUUCAUCAUGUUUUCACAAAUGCAUAUAAAGCAACAAUUGGUGGUGAUUAUCUAACAACUACAAUAGAUUUACAACCAGAUACUUCAAAAUCAUCAACUUCUUCAAAAUUACAAUUUUCAGAAGAUACAGAAGAGUUAUCGGAUACAGAAGAGAACGAUACAACAUUAUCAUCACCAUCAUCAUCACUUGAACCACCACCACAACAACAACAAAUAGAAAAAUUAAAUUUACAAGUUUGGGAUACUGCAGGUCAGGAAAGAUUUAAUUCAAUUUCAAAAGCAUUUUAUAGAGGUACUGAUGUUUGUAUAUUAUGUUAUGAUAUAACUAAUUAUGAAUCAUUAUUAAGUUUAAAAGAAUGGUUUUUAAAAUUUAUUGAAAAUUGUCAUGUUUUAAAACCUGGUUUUUUAAUUGUAGGGAAUAAAUGUGAUAAAAUUAAUAAAAGAGUUAUUGAUAAAGAAGAAGUUAAAGAUAUUUUAAUAAAUGAUAAUAAUAUGAAUGGGAAUUAUAAUCUUGAAGAUUAUAUUAUAGAUUGGAAUUUAGAUGUUAUUGAAGUUAGUGCAAAAAAUAUUAAUUUAGUUAAUGAAUUAUUUCAAAGAGUUGGAAAAUUAGGUAAAAUUAUAAUACUGGGUAAUGAUGAAGUUUUAUCUAAAAAAAGUUUACAAAAUUUUGAUAAAAUUGAUUUACAAGAAUUUAAUAAUAGAGAAAUUGCUUCGAGUAAAUGUGCAUGUUGA